CCUCUCAGAAUGCAGCAUGGUGGAAAGAAUGUAACACAAUUAAGGAACUGUAGCCAGGCAGAGUGUCUUUAUCGCCAAACAGUCGUCGUUUUCGGAUGAUUGAACUUAAGUGAUGCUCAAACGAUGCCUAUAGUGGACAAGCUCAAGGAGGCCCUGAAGCCCGGCCGGAAGGACUCCUCGGCGGGCGACGAUAGCGACCUCAAUAAGCUGCUGGCCUCCUCGGCCAAGAAGGUCCUGCUGCAGAAGAUUGAGUUUGAGCCGGCCAGCAAAGGCUUCUCCUAUCAGCUGGACAGUCUCAAGACCAAAUAUGUGAUCCUCAACCCCCGUGGCAGUGAGGGGGCCACUUCGGGUCAGAGGGCCAGCACAGAGCCCGCUCAGAUCAAGAGGCAAGUUUCAGACAACCAGUGUGGGGGCCAGAGCGAUGGGAUCCCCGCCCCGCAGAAGAUGCUCUUCCCUGGGAACAGACUCUCCAUGCGUUGGGAGCGUGUCUACCGGGUGGGAGCCGGCCUCCACAACCUGGGCAACACCUGCUUCCUUAACUCCACUGUGCAGUGUCUCACCUACACACCGCCCCUGGCAAACUAUCUCCUCUCCAAGGAGCACAGUCGUGCCUGUCACCAGUCGGGUUUCUGUAUGAUUUGUAUAAUGCAGAACCACAUCAUCCAAGCCUUUGCCAACACAGGAAAUGCCAUCAAGCCUGUCUCCUUCAUCCGAGACCUAAAAAAAAUUGCCAGGCAUUUUCGGUUUGGUAGCCAGGAAGACGCCCAUGAAUUCUUACGCUACACCAUCGAUGCCAUGCAGAAAGCCUGUCUGAACAGCUACCCCAAGUUAGACCGGACGACACAGGCCACCACAUUGGUCCACCAGAUAUUUGGCGGUUACCUCAGGUCGCGAGUUAAGUGUUCCAUUUGCAGAAGUGUGUCAGACACGUACGACCCUUACUUGGACAUUGCUGUGGAGAUUCGACAAGCAGCAAAUAUCGUCCGAGCCCUGGAGCUCUUUGUCAAGCCCGACGUGUUGAGUGGAGAGAACGCCUACAUGUGUGCCAAGUGUAAGAAGAAAGUUCCGGCAACAAAGCGAUUCACAGUCCACCGAACGUCCAAUGUUCUGACCCUGUCUCUCAAGAGGUUUGCCAACUUCAGUGGAGGAAAAAUCACCAAGGACGUUGGCUACCCAGAGUUCCUGAACAUCCGCCCCUACAUGUCUCAGAGCACAGGGGACCCGGUCAUGUAUGGCCUCUAUGCUGUCCUGGUGCAUUCUGGGUACAGCUGUCAUGCUGGCCACUACUACUGCUAUGUCAAGACCUACGUUCUAUUCUACCUGAGGAUCCCAGAGACCAAGAAGAACGUGGAUGGACAGAUCACCAAGCAGGGAAUGGGGAAGAACGUAGCGACGUCAGAGCAGUUCAGGAAGACCAACCUCAACAGACCCCUGUCCUCUCCGCAGGUCACCAAGAAACUGGACCCUUUCCAGCUGCGUAAGAUUCAGUCUGUAGAGGGCGGCCUGGGCAUACCCGUGUCUAGGAACGGCGCCAACAUCUCCCAGCAGCCCAACAAGAUGUCCAACGGGACGUCGUCCUCCUCCCAUGCACCCACCAGGAUACCCAGUGGACCCAUGCUGAUCGAGGAGCCCUUCAAGAAGCUGAAGAAGCCCUGUCCUCCUCAGCAGCCCCAGGCGCGCAGCAGCACCCCCGCCCCCAACGGUGUGGGCGGCAGGUCGGACGGCGGAGACCGGAGGCACGGGAACCAAGGGGCCAGGGGCCUGGCCGCAUCUACCUCACUCAAGUCCCUGUCAGACUCCUCCUCGGCAGACACCUCCGACUCAAAGGAUUCCAUGGGUACCAAAAGUGCGCCGGUUGGUGGGACAUCCACCCCCCCUAGGAAUGUCUCGAACGGCAUGGCCUCCCCUGCCAAGAGUGUGGAGCGUGUGGGCACGGAGGAGCAGAAGACAGUCAAGCUAAAACCCCUGGCCCUCAACAACAUCACAUCUUCACCCACCGGCACCACGUCUCCUCCACCCGCCAAGAAAUUGGCCCUGUCGGCCAAGAAGGCCAGUCGCAGCCGGAGUCCGAGCAGCACUGAGGCUCAACACCCCCACCUGCCACGCCAUCCGUCCAGUGACCGCACGCAUCCUGCUCAACUUAACCUCACCUUCACCUCAGCCACUCCCAGUCACAGGGUUGGUCCAUUCCAUUCACCCAAACUGCAAUCUCCACCUGCAGCCCACCAUGUCCACUCAGGCAUCCCAUCUAAGCAUCAGAGUCCCCAGAAAUCAAACUCCACCCUCUCUCCAAAAACCAAUGGGCUUCAGACCCACCUUCCAAAGAGCCCUAAACCUACCGAGACCCCCAGUCUGUCAGAGCCUGACCCAAGCAGUUCCGACACCUCCUUAAAGAAGAAAAAUAAGAAACGGCGUCACUCUGAGAUGGAAGGCGGAGAGCGAGAGCCAGCAGCACUGGCCUACGUCAUCCCAGACAUCCCCACUGAGCCCGAACUGAUCGAACCGGCCAGGGAGAGGAAGAGGAGGAAAAGGAGAAAGAAGAAGAAGAGGGAGGAAGAGGAUGGAGAUGCAGCCGUGAACCACAGGGAAAGGGUUCAGUCUCAUCUGGAGGCUUCGCCGCCGGCACAAGAGGAGGACUGGUGUCAGGGGGGUUCAUGGAGACUCAGCCCCCCUGACCAAAGAGCCCUGGAACAACCAAAGCUGCCCCAUCCCCAGCCUAAGAGUAAGCUCCAGUUGGUUCCAGUGGUUCUCCAGUGUGAUGCGAAUCAAGGAGAGCAGAGUAUGGACACUGUGACGAUGAUGAAGAGGAGGAGGAGGAAGAAGAAAAGGAGAUUGGAGGAGGGACCGGAGGAAGCAACGUUAAGACGUUCUGUUUCAGAAAGUUCUGGGACGAAGGACACGGUUGUUGAAAACGGCGCUGGGGAUUCUACUGCCCCAAAGAAGUUAAAGAAGCGCAGGCUAAAAGAAGAGGUGAAACAGUGGGAGGAAAGCAGACGUUGUUGCUCCGGCGACCAGAGGAGCGACACUGAAGCAGUGGAGGCCCUUCCCAAGGAGGGCACCGUGGAGAGCACCGCUGGAGUGAUCGUGUGGGACAGCCAGGUUAAGGAUGGCUACAAGCGCUCCAAGGCCCCCGCUGCAGAAGCAGUAGAGGGUGGUCCUGGGGAUGUCCCCCACCCAGCCCCCAUGGUCUGGGAUGGCAAGAGGAGUGGUGGAGUGGUUGAGGAGCUCCUGAAGAACUCUUUGGACAAAGCCUAUGGAACCCAAGUCCUCAGCUGGGAGGGAGAGGCAUCUGCCAUCAGUAGGGAUGCCAUUGACGACACCCGCGAUGCCAGAACCGACAUGGUGAUUGACGAGUGGGAUGAGGACUUUGACAGUGGAAAGGUGAAGAAAAUUAAAAAGUACAAGCGAGAGAAGAGGAGGAGCGGCAAUAUCUUCCAGAAGAUCCAGGACCGGCGGAGCAUGUGGUCGGUCACACCCGGCGCCAAGAAGGCCGGCUUUGGAUACCGUCACUGAGAGCCAACCAGAAUGGAUGUUUGGAUACAGUCACUGAGAGCCAACCAGAAUGGAUGUUUGGAUACAGUCACUGAGAGCCAACCAGAAUGGAUGUUUGGAUACAGUCACUGAGAGCCAACCAGAAUGAAUGUUUGGAUACAGUCACUGAGAGCCAACCAGAAUGGAUGUUUGGAUACAGUCACUGAGAGCCAACCAGAAUGGAUGUUUGGAUACAGUCACUGAGAGCCAACCAAGAAUGAAUGUUUGGAUACAGUCACUGAGAGCCAACCAGAAUGGAUGUUUGGAUACAGUCACUGAGAGCCAACCAGAAUGGAUGUUUGGCCACAUACAGUACAACCGAACUGGAGUGACGACACGUGACACCACAGUAACAAUGUGACUCUUUUUUUAAUUGCUUGGCGGUUCAUACCCUGAUUGCAAUACGAGAGACCAUGGCCAGUUGACAGAACAACACAUCUUUGAUCUGUGUUGGUCUCUUCACUAUAGAACUUACCGCAAGUCUUCCUUUGAUGACCGAGUCUGGUGAGCUGACCAACAUGGGCUGUGAUGUUACCACCGUCAGCCAGGGUUCAGCAACAAUGAGUUGACCAUUGCUUCUACACUGUUGUCUCAGAUGGAUAUGAAAACUGUUCAGUCAAUGGUGCUCAAGCUGCUCAUGAAUAUGAUGGAUUUACCGUACUGUGGUGAGCUUCCAUCUGUUGUGAUAACAUGACACCAUGUUAUGUUAGGAAUUCAGAACAAGCCAUGUCAGGAAUUCUCAUAUUUGUACAUUUUACAUGGUUGGGCCACUCUCGGGGACGGUUCUGGGGUUUUCUAGCCGGUAUCAAAGGAUGUGGCAUGCACCAUAUAGCAUUUAUCUGUGUGAAAGGCUGAGGUGAGAGAUUUUGUAUAAUGUAUGCUAGAUAACCCUUACCCAUCAGCUAAAUGUAUUGAAACCUAUGAGGGAGACACUUGGGUUGUGUUCAGGUGGGCGAAACGUGCAGAACUUUGAAUUAUAGUAAUGUAAUGUAUGGAGCUGAAAUGACUUCCUAUAGAAAAUCAUUGUGUUCUACACAAUCUAUUUCUCUGAACAUUCUAAAAUGUUGCAACCAGUGAUUUAGUGUAAAAAAAAAAUAUAGGUUGGUUGGUAAACGUUGAUCGGCCUUCUUGCUGAGUAAAGCAGCACUCCCUCUAUAUGUUCAAUGCAUUUUCCCGCAAAUGGAGGGUAAACGCUCGGGAGAAAUACAAAAACAUGCGUAAAUGGCAUUUCCGUGCGUUUACCCUCCACUACACCACUGGUUACAACUGCUGUGCUGACUGCUGACUGGGCCGUGUGCAGGACAGUGGGCCAAUAGAGGUGAAUACUGUUCUCCUGACUCAUAUGGCCUAUUCUGUAUGUGAAGACAUGUGGUGACCAU